GUCAAUUGGGGCCAAACAUCCGGGUUUCUGAUAUUUUGGCGUUCCGGCUGAUACUACCUCUCCCUCCUCUGGACGUUUCCCCCCUUGGGCCCGGGUCUCACAGUAUUCCCACGCUCACAAGCUUCAGCGACGGGAAGCCUCGAGGGACAUGGCGAAUACGGCGACGCCGGCCAGCGGCGUCCGAAAUGGUGCUGGCCCAGAAUGGGGAGGCUUCGAAGAAAACAUCCAGGGUGGAGGCUCGGCUGUGAUUGAUAUGGAGAACAUGGACGAUACCUCGGGCUCCAGCUUCGAGGACAUGGGUGAGCUGCAUCAGCGCCUGCGUGAGGAAGAGGUCGAUGCCGAUGCAGCCGCUGCAGAAGAGGAGGAUGGGGAGUUCCUUGGCAUGAAGGGCUUUAAGGGGCAGCUGAGCCGGCAGGUGGCUGAUCAGAUGUGGCAGGCAGGGAAGAGACAAGCUUCCAGGGCCUUCAGCUUGUAUGCCAACAUCGACAUCCUGAGACCCUACUUUGACGUGGAGCCUGCCCAGGUCCGAAGCAGGCUCCUGGAGUCCAUGAUCCCUAUCAAGAUGGUCAGCUUCCCCCAGAAAGUCGCAGGUGAGCUCUAUGGACCUCUCAUGCUGGUCUUCACACUGGUUGCCAUCCUCCUGCAUGGGAUGAAGACUUCUGAUACCAUUAUCCGGGAGGGCACCUUGAUGGGCACAGCCAUUGGCACCUGCUUCGGAUACUGGCUGGGUGUCUCGUCCUUCAUUUAUUUCCUUGCCUACCUGUGCAAUGCCCAGAUCACCAUGCUCCAGAUGCUGGCACUGCUGGGCUAUGGCCUCUUCGGGCACUGUAUUGUCCUGUUCAUCACCUAUAACAUUCACCUUCAUGCCCUCUUCUACCUCUUCUGGCUGUUGGUGGGCGGGCUGUCCACCCUGCGCAUGGUGGCAGUGUUGGUGUCACGGACGGUGGGUCCCACACAGCGGCUGCUCCUCUGUGGCACGCUGGCUGCCCUGCACAUGCUCUUCCUGCUCUAUCUGCACUUUGCCUACCACAAAGUGGUAGAGGGGAUCCUGGACACCCUGGAGGGCCCCAAUAUUCCACCCAUGCAGAGGGUCCCCAGAGACAUCCCUGCUGUGCUCCCUGCUGCCAGGCUUCCUGUCAGUGUGGCCAAUGCCACCGCCAAGGCAAUAGCAGUGACCCUGCAGUCACACUGACCCUACAUGAAAUGAGACGUUUGACCUGCCCUGACCCCUCCCCCAGCCCUGGAGCAGAGGAAGAUUAAAGGACAGUGCUGAGGACAUGUGUCUCUCUGGUGAGGUCUGCUGCAACCACUAAGCUGCCUAAACACUUCCUCAGCACCGGUCUUGGCUUCUGAAGGGCACAGGGCCAGGAACUCCUGGCCAGGACUGCAAGCCUCUGUAGCCAAGUGCAAAAUAUGGGUCAGCACUUCUGAGGCCCCACACCACCUACCCCACCUUUUUUUUUUUUCUCCUGUCCCCUCCUGUCUUGCUAAAUAUAGACUUGGUAAUUAAAAUAUUGAUUGAAGUCUGGAACUGCAGCUCCUGUUCCAGCUAUUCUCCUGUCA